AUGCUUGAACAGCUCCUAAUCUUCACAAGAGGCGGCUUAAUUUUAUGGAAGGAGAUCAGCAACGCGCUCAAAGGAUCCCCAAUCGAAACCCUAAUCAAGUCCUGCCUCCUCGAGGAGCGAUCGGCAGAGGCCUCCUUCAACUACGACGCCGGAGGCGGCGGCGGGGCCUACACUCUGAAGUGGACCUUCAGCAACGAUCUCGGCCUCGUGUUCGUCGCCGUCUACCAGCGGAUUCUCAAUCUCUUGUAUGUUGAGGAUCUUUUAAUGGCGGUUCGCCGUGAAUUUGAGCAGAUCUAUGAUCCGAAGCGGGUGAAGUAUGAUGAUUUUGAUGAGAUCUUUCGGCAGCUGAGGGAGGAGGCGGAGGCGAGGGCGGAGGAGAUUAAGAAGUUGAAACAGUCUGGGAAGAAUCAGAAUGUUUUGUUGGGGAAGAAGGGUGGUGUUGGAUCACAGAUGAACAAGAAGAAGAAUGGAAAAAUUGGUCACGGUGACGGUAAUUCUAAGAAUAAGGAUGAUGGAGAUGGGGAUGAGAAUAAGGAGAAUAAUGGGGCGAAGGAGUCCCGAUCCAUUACUAAUGUUGUUGUGAAAGAUAAAGAGAAUGGGAAGCCCGAAGCGGGGGCUUUCGAUGUAAAUAAGUUACAGAAAUUGAGAGCUAAAGGAGGAAAGAAGACCGAUACUAAUACUAAUACGGGUGUUUUUGGUGGGAAUAAUAAGGGCAUGAAAGGGGAGGUGAAGAAGAUUGUGAAGAAGAACAGGGUUUGGGAUGAUUCGAAGAAGGAGAAUGUCAAGCUGGAUUUUACGGAUCCGGUUGGUGAAGGAGGGGAUGAAGUUCGAGAGGUUGUGGCGGUGGAUGAGGGUGAGAGUAUGAUGGAUAAGGAGGAAAUUGUGAGCAGUGAGGGUGAGGAUGAUGAUGAUGAGGAAAUGGAGAGUGCUAAGCCUAGUGCAAGGAAGAAGGGUUGGUUCUCAUCAAUGUUCCAAAGCAUUUCAGGAAACACUGUUUUGGAGAAGUCAGACUUGAAACCAGCACUAAAGGCCCUCAAGGAUAGGCUGAUGACUAAAAAUGUGGCAGAGGAAAUAGCUGAGAAGCUUUGUGAAUCAGUAGCAGCUAGUCUUGAAGGGAAAAAGCUGGGAUCAUUCACUAGAGUCUCUUCGACUGUUCAGACGGCAAUGGAAGAGGCCCUUCUUCGUAUUUUAACUCCAAGACGAUCCAUUGACAUUUUGAGAGAUGUGCAUGCUGCUAAGGAGCAAGGGAAACCAUAUGUUGUUGUUUUUGUUGGUGUUAAUGGAGUUGGAAAGUCUACCAACCUCGCAAAGGUCGCAUACUGGCUCUUGCAGCAUAAUGUUAGUGUAAUGAUGGCUGCAUGUGAUACCUUUAGGUCUGGUGCUGUUGAGCAGCUUAGGACUCAUGCUCGUAGACUCCAGAUACCUAUAUUUGAGAAAGGCUACGAGAAAGAUCCUGCAAUUGUAGCGAAGGAAGCCAUUCAGGAGGCUACUCGUAAUAAUUCAGAUGUUGUUCUUGUUGAUACUGCUGGAAGGAUGCAGGAUAAUGAGCCAUUGAUGCGAGCACUCUCCAAGCUUAUCAACCUUAACAACCCAGAUCUGGUUCUCUUUGUUGGCGAGGCCUUGGUUGGAAAUGAUGCUGUGGACCAACUGUCAAAAUUUAAUCAGAAAUUAGCUGAUCUCUCGGCAGUGCCAAACGCGAGGCUGAUUGAUGGGAUCUUGCUCACUAAGUUCGAUACGAUUGAUGAUAAGGUUGGAGCAGCACUUUCUAUGGUCUACGUCUCUGGAUCUCCUGUAAUGUUUGUUGGCUGUGGUCAAUCGUAUACUGACCUGAAAAAGCUUAAUGUCAAGUCCAUUGUCAAAACCCUCCUCAAGUGAUAGUUGUUGCUAUACCUAAAAAUGUAACGUGUGUACUCUCGUCAUGACUGCUACUUCUGUAUGAACUUAAUCCCCCAUGAUGUCGCCGGUCUUGGCAUCGGAAAUGAAGCAAUAAAUUGUGGCUUUGGUUUGAAUA